AUGUUAAAGUGCUAAAUUACUUAUUCUGACCAAGUUCCAAUAGUGUAUUUUCAAUAAAAUAUUUGGCUUUUUAAAUAUGGAGAUGGUACUUAUUAAGGCUCAUAAACAAUUGAUUAUUCAGCCAACUCAUUUUAAUAAAUUCCAAUUGUAAUACUAGGAAUAGAAUUUUACAAUAAUUUUUGGAAUCCUUCCACAGGAGUAGAUUUUGUACUUUCAGCAGCAGAUAUAACAAAAACUAGUUGUACAGUUAAAACAGCUCGUAAUAAUAAUAGCUUUUUAGUUGGUAUUUCUAUUAGUGCUUUAGUUAUAGAUACUUCAUAAUUUCCUUUUUUUAUUAAAAGUGAUUAAUAAAUUAAUAAUAUACAGUUUAAAAAUUAUGUUUAUUAAAAGGUAUAUACCUUUUCAUCUAAUAUCCAAAAUCAAAGUAAUAAAUGUGUUUCUGUUAUAUUAACAGGUUGGAAAUCAACUUAUGAUUCUUCUAAUAAAGUUUUCGCACUAACCGUUUAAGUGGUUAGUAUAACAGAUUCUGGAUAUACUAUUUAGAUAUCAACAGCUCAAGAUUCAUAAUAAAUAAUUAAUGUAUCUUUUACUGUAUUAGAAUACAUCAAAAAUCCUCCAACCAGUGUAUAUGGAAUAGUUUCAAAUUAUGAUAAUCAAUACUAAUAACCAACAACUUAAAAUUGUUUCUUCAAUGAUUAGUGUUCUAAUUCUUAAAGAUUCUUUCCUGUCUAAUUUAAUGUUUUCAUACAAAACUCUCCACCCUCAGGAAAUUAUCAGAAUUUUUUUGUUUCUUUAAACUAACUAUACUUCAAUACAGCAUAUGACGGCUAAGAUUUAAGAAUUACUAUCAUAAACUAGCCACUUUCAUCAAAUAAAAUAUAGUAUUAAUACUCAGUUUGGGAUUCAUCUUAAUGUUUAGGAGCUACAUCAACAGCCUUAUACUUCUACAAGAAAACUUGUCCAAAUAAUUAAUUUUUAAAUAUUAACUCUAAUAGUUGUUCUUCUAUUUGCUUGAUUUAAGAUCCUUCAAAUAGCUCUAAUUGUUUAGAUUGUCCUUAUGGAUAAUAUUUUUCAUAAGAUUAAAAUCUAUGCUAAACAACUUAACCAAAUGGUUAUUAUUGCUCAAUUCCGAACACAUAAUAUAAUUUUAAUGUUUGCUAAAAUUGUAAAAUUUCUAAUUGCAAAUUAUGUUCAUAGAAUUUUAAUUAAUUUACUUGCACUUAGUGUGUAAGUUAGUAUUUUUUAUACAAUAACUAAUGCUAAUAAACAUAACCUUCAAAUACAUUUUGUGAUACUUAAAGUAUUUGUAGUAAAUGCUUAGAUCCAGGUUGUCUAACUUGUAGCGACCCUAAUUAAUCAUCUCCUUAGUGCUUAACUUGUGAUACUAAAUAAAACUAAAUUUUAUAUUAAGGGAAAUGUUAUUCUCAAAGUUCUCCUCCUAAUAACACAUUUUGUGAUUGGAACAAAUUAGUAUGCUUGUAAUGUAGUGAUAAUAACUGUCUUUCUUGCAGUGACCCUGCUAAGUCACCAUAAAUUUGCAAUAAGUGUGUACCAAACUAAUCUUUAAUUUUAUUUUAAGGUAAAUGUUAUAACUAGAAUAACCCACCUCCUAACACGUAUUGUGAUUGGACAAAAUUAGUAUGUUCUUUAUGUACUGAUAGUAAUUGUCUUAUUUGUUCUGAUCCUAGUAUGUCACCUUAAUAAUGCUUAAAAUGUGAUGUAAACUAAAAAUAAGUUCUUUAUUAAGGUAAAUGCUACAAUUAGAAUAACCAGCCAUCAAACACAUUUUGUGAUUGGAAUUUAUUAUAAUGUAGCAAAUGUAAUGAUUCUAGAUGUCUCUUUUGCAGUGAUCCUAAUUUACCUCCUUAAAUAUGUUUAUAAUGUGAUACUAGCUUAUAAAAAUUAAUACUAUAUGAGGGUAAAUGUCUUAGCUAAAAUGAUCCUCCUCCCUAAAACUCAUUUUGUGAUUGGGACAAAUUAUAAUGUUCUAAGUGUGACGAUAACAAAUGUUUAAGUUGCAGUGAUCCUAAUAAACCACCUUAAACAUGUUUAUCAUGUGAUUCAAGCUAAUAAUAAAUUCUUUAUUAGGGUUAAUGUUUUAACAAGAAUAAUCCUCCACCAAAUACUUUUUGUGAUUGGAAUAAAUUAUAAUGUACUUAAUGUACAGAUUCUAGUUGUUUAGCUUGUAGUGAUCCUACAUAACCUACAUAAAAAUGCUUAUCAUGUGAUGCAAGUAAAAAGAUGGUCCUAUUUUAGGAUAAGUGCUAUUCUUAAAGCUCUCCUCCUCCAAACACUUUUUGUGAUUGGGGCAAAUUACAGUGUAAUUUGUGUAUGAACAAAUAUUGUUAUACAUGUAGUGAUCCCAGUUAAUCUCCUCAAGUAUGCCUGUCAUUGAUUGUGAUAAAUAUUCAGAUAAUCGAGUUUAUUCCGAUAAUCAAUGUGAUUAUUCCUGUUCAAAAUGUUCUAUACCCAAUAAAAAUUAUGGAUGUCUAACAUGUAGCUCAACAACUCGCUAAUUUGAAUAAAUGA